UUUUCCACUUAAACUCUAAACCGUAUGUUAGAACAUGUAACGUGGAACAAUCACAAACGAGAAAAACCAUCACUAUUUUUACAUGUUCGUUCUAAACAUCCUAUUCUUCUCCAAAGUUUCCUCGUUUCAAAAUCUUUGACGUUAACAAAACAAACCCACCUUUCCCCCUUUUUUGAUCUCCCAAGAAUCUGGGGUUCUUUUAUCAAACAAAGAAAAAGAAAGAAUCUUUGGGUUUUUUCAUUCUUUGCCCAGAAAUUUGAACAAAUCUGAAACUUACAAACAUGAGCAUUUUAGAGAGAAUGAGAGGGGUUGAAGGCAGAUUUUGCGAGGAAUUCUCACCAGGGUAUUAUGGUCUUUGCACCGUUGGUGGAAUGCUUAGUGCUGGAACUACCCAUUUGGCGAUUACUCCUCUUGAUGUUCUUAAAGUUAAUAUGCAAGUGAAUCCAAUAAAAUAUAAUAGCAUUUCAUCUGGUUUCUCUACUCUAUGGAGUGAACAUGGUGCUUCUGGUCUUUGGAGAGGUUGGUCAGGGAAGUUUUUCGGGUAUGGGAUACAAGGCGGCUGCAAGUUUGGUCUGUAUGAGUACUUUAAGAAGUUUUACUCGGAUAUGUUAGUAGGCCAAAACAAUAGCAUGGUAUUCUUUUUGAGCGGCGCAUCUGCUCAAGUAUUUGCUGAUGUAGCUCUCUGCCCAUUUGAGUCAAUUAAAGUCCGCGUACAAACACAAACAAACUUUGCCAAGGGUUUAGCUGAUGGAUUUCCUAAAGUGUACCGAGCUGAAGGAUUGUCUGGAUUUUACAAGGGACUUCUUCCACUUUGGGGACGUAAUCUUCCAUUUUCCAUGGUGAUGUUUUCAACAUUUGAGUACUCAGUUGACCUUAUAUAUCGAGAUAUAAUUCAGCGAAAGAAGGAAGACUGCACAAGACUCCAGCAGCUUGGUGUGACUUGCUUGGCGGGGUAUACAGCUGGAGCUAUUGGCACUUUGGUCUCAAAUCCCGCUGAUAAUAUUGUCUCCUCUCUUUACAAUAAAAAAGCUGACUCUGUGGUUCAGGCUGUGAAAAACAUAGGGUUCAUGAAUCUUUUCACUAGGAGUCUGCCUGUUCGAAUUGCACUGGUGGGACCUGUAGUGACUAUGCAGUGGUUUUUCUAUGACAGUAUUAAAAUUCUAAGUGGACUGCCUUCAAGUGGAGGACUCCCCAGACGGCUCGAGGAAUCUCUUUCUGCUGGUUAAAUUCAAAGAGGCUUCCCAUCAACUUGUUUUGCCGUAGACGAAAACAUUAUUAUUUUCUCCACUCGCGAGUUUGUCAGUUGACGAAUGACAAAACGAAGAGAAGGAUGUUUGUACAGAAGUACAGAUUAUAUCAGUGUCCUGCCACUGCUUGUACUGGUUUUAUGAUAGAGUUAUAGAUAUACAGACAGAUAAAGAAAAAAGAGAACUUGCAGCUUAACUGCGUUUAACUGAUGAUUCUGUACAUAAGAAUCUGUCUUGGGCUUGACUUGGACAUAGUCAACCUUUUCAGAAAACCCCUCCCUGGUUCAACACUCUGCAGUCCUGUACUGCAGGUUAAUGUUUAUUACUAUUUACUAGUACCAGUUUUUGAAACAAAUAACCCCAUGUAUCAUGUAUCAUGUAUCAUGUAUCAUGUAUCAUGUAUCAAUGCAUCAUCGUAUCAUGUAUCAUGUAUCAUGUAUCAUGUACCCAACUUUGAGAUCUGAAUAUGCACAAACAAAAUCUAUGGUUGUGAGAGUUGACAGGGCAAGUUGGCCUUAUAUUGGGACCAUGUUAUUCAAAGUCAUAAUUGUAAAGCAACAUAAUCAUU